AUGGCGACGCCAAAGCCGCCUUAUGACCCGGUCAAGAGUAUCGAGGGCAUGUACAAUGGGACACUGACGCGCAUCGCAUACUCGUUCAAGGACACAGUCAACUUUGGACGCGCUCGACGACUGCGAGAUCCAAAUACUGGACGCGAAAUGGUACUUAGAGCACCAGCUGCUUGUGCGCAAACAGAAGCGGGAGCCAAAGCCAGAGAAGAACAAGCCGCCACAGCGAAGAGGAAACGCAGCGAGGAAGAAGACGCCGCCGAGAAAGAGCAAGAGGCCAAGCGUGUCAAGAUUGGGGAGGCAGCCAAAGAGACCGAAGAGGUUCCUGCGCCUGCGGCAGAGAUUGAGAAUGCUGUAGCGACACCGCCGAAGCCAAAACCAACGUCGCCAGUCGCGAUUACCGAUCAAUCACCACAACAGAAGAAGCCAUCGCCUCUAAAACCGCCAGAGCCUGCACCGGAGAAGCCGCCAGAAACCAACGACGAAUUCUCAGUGUCAGCGAAGCCAACUCCAGCGGGUCCUGAAACGGCUGCAACGAUGGAAGGUGCAAACGACUUCGAUCAAUUCGAGUCCAUGUUCGGCGAGCCUACAGGCGACGAUGGAGGCAUGAAUGGCGACGGUGAUCUGGGUUUCGAUCUUGGCCUGAAUGACGAUGUGUUCGGUGAUUCCUCCGCGACCAACGACCAAAACGCGACCGAUUCGUCAGAUCUCAACACUCUUCUACCAGGUUUAGAAAGCUAUGCCAACCAAGACUCGACAGCCGGUGGCACAGGAGACGGUACACAGAACCCGCAGACCAACCCAACGACACAGACGCUCGAUUUCGGUCUACCAGAUCUUGGAGGACCUAACGAAUUCGACAUGAUCUUUGAUGCUGAAAACUUCGAUAACAUGCCAAUGGAUGGAAAUAUGGGUAUGAAUGAUGAGGACGUAAACCUGGACCUGAACAUGGACCUGGAAAGCAUGUUCACAAACAAUUAG